CUGCCUGAUAGCGUCCGUAUAUUUUUAGUAUUGUUCCGUAUACUGUUACUAUAGUUUCAAAAUGGCGGAUGACGAAGAAAUACAACAACAGGAGGAGGACGAGGAUCCAGUUUGUUAUAAGUCGGUCCUCGAGGAGAAGUGUGGAGAGAAGGCCAGUUGUCGUAAACUGAAGGAGGUUCUAGAAGAGUGUAAUGAUAGAGUGAAUGGCAAGUCAAAUACGACAGAAACUUGUGUAGAGGAACUCUCAGAUUUCAUCGUUUGUGUAGAUAAAUGUAUUGCAAAGAACCUCUUCCAAAAGCUAAAGUGACCAUGACUAGGUGUAUCCUGUACUGUGUAUUAGUGACAAUAGAUGAUACAUACAUAUUAAUUAAUUUAUUAUUAUUAUUAUUAAUAUAAUAAUUAGGUGAAAACAUU